CUUGCAAAGAUUUAAACGGGAAAUAGGCCCGCGGCGACGAAAGACUCUCGCUUGAAAUUUGUUUUGGCUGCGGGUCUGUGACACAAGUUUACUGAGAUCCUACGAUGAUGAAUAUUUGAAAGAAUACUUUGUUGUAGUGUAAUUCCACAAUGAGUUUUACAAGUGACGAAGUGAAUUUCCUGGUAUAUAGAUACCUACAGGAGUCAGGAUUCUAUCAUGCAGCAUACGUAUUUGGUAUCGAGUCUCACAUAUCACAGUCAAAUAUCAAUGGCGCACUGGUUCCGCCCGCAGCUCUCCUCAGUAUAAUACAGAAGGGAUUACAAUACACAGAGGCAGAAAUUAGUAUAGGGAGGUGAGAUGGCUCCGAGAGACUCAUUGACAGCCUCUCCCUCAUUGACGCGGUGAUGCCAGAUGUUGUUGCCUCAAGACAACAGCAAAACCAACAGCAAAAAGCCGUAGUCAAAACAGAAAUUCCAAGCACAAAUGGGGAUGAAGGGACCACGGGAGAAAACAUGGACGUUGACAACAGUGUAGAGAUCCCCCUCAACAAGGCAACAAUAUUGAGAGGCCAUGAAUCCGAAGUCUUCAUUUGUGCCUGGAAUCCAACCACAGACCUCUUGGCAUCAGGAUCAGGAGACAGCACGGCACGCAUUUGGAACAUGAACGAUAAUAAUUCUUCUGCCAAUCAGCUUGUCCUCCGUCACUGUAUUCAGAAAGGAGGCACGGGUCCCAGCAAUAAGGAUGUUACCUCUCUUGAUUGGAAUUGUGAUGGAAAUCUCUUAGCAACUGGAUCAUAUGACGGCUAUGCAAGAAUCUGGAUGACAGAUGGACGGUUAGCAUCGACUCUCGGUCAACAUAAAGGACCCAUCUUCGCGCUAAAGUGGAAUAAGAAGGGCAACUAUAUUUUAAGUGCAGGUGUAGAUAAGACCACUAUCAUUUGGGACGCUUCCUCAGGGCACUGUACACAACAAUUUGCCUUCCAUUCAGCUCCAGCUCUUGACGUGGACUGGCAGAGCAACAAUUCCUUUGCAAGUUGUUCAACUGACCAGUGCAUCCACGUGUGUCAGCUGGGCGAGAACAGACCUAUCAAAUCAUUCCAAGGGCAUACAAAUGAAGUCAAUGCCAUCAAGUGGGAUCCACAGGGGAAUCUUCUGGCAUCCUGUUCAGAUGAUAUGACUCUAAAGAUCUGGUCGAUGCGGCAAGACACUUGUGUACACGACCUGCAGGCUCACAGUAAAGAAAUUUACACUAUCAAGUGGUCGACCGGUCCAGGAACGAGUAACGCAAAUAUGAAUCUUAUUCUUGCUAGUGCGUCAUUUGACUCUACGGUUCGACUAUGGGAUGUAGAGCGUGGUGCCUGUAUACAUACCCUGACAAAACACUCAGAACCUGUAUAUUCUGUGGCCUUCUCUCCAGAUGGCAAAUUCUUAGCAUCUGGAAGCUUCGACAAAUGUGUCCAUAUUUGGUCUACGCAGACUGGGCAGCUGGUUCACAGCUACAAAGGCACAGGUGGAAUCUUUGAAGUGUGCUGGAAUUCUCGAGGAGACAAAGUGGGAGCUUCGGCAUCUGAUGGAAGUGUUUUUGUUUUGGAUCUGCGCAAGUAGUAGAAGGCAGUUAAGACUGAGAUGUGUGGUGAACUGUUAAGUUGAUGUGAAUGGGACAGACUUAUUGAAGAACUGAAUGGAAAUAAGGGUAGGACGCAAAAAGUGCUGUUAAGGAAAACUGAGAAUAUGGAUAAUAAUUGCAGCUCGGAAAAUGCUUCAGAAGAGAAGGGGAAAAAGGAAGGAAAGAGGAGAGAUUGCUGGGGUAUUCUUGUUUUUAAUUGUUUCUUAUACUAAAGAUGAUUCUCUAUGUUAAAUGGACAAAAGGAUUUUGUGCAUAGUGUGAGUUUACUUGAAACGGGGAAAACAAUAGUGAUGUCGGAGAAGAAAAGAAAAGGUUCUAGCAAGAAAUGGCGUCAUGAAAGAGCAGUGUUCAUACAUGUGUGAGGGGAUGUUCCGACGCCUCUUUUGUUCUUGCGAGUUUGAGACAUACUUGGGUGCAUCGUGACUUUAUAUUGCAUGACGGGUGAAAAUGGUAGUUCCCACCAAUCUUAUUAUGUAACCCACCUUUGUUUUUUUUUUUUUAUCUUUGUGUAUUAUUCACAUUCUCUUCAGAUAUAUAUAGUUUUUUCCCUCCAAAAUUGUGGCAUAUGCAGAAAUUGUGCAAUUUUUAGUUUUAUGAUCAUUUUUUUUUCACAACUUUCCAAUUUUUAAAAAUGUAUGAAGCAGCAGACAACAGCCGGGGAAAAAUGUUUGUGACUGCCAGAAGCAGAGAUGGUGUACAUAUUAGGCCAAGGAAACGAUGUUGAGGUAUUAGUAACUUGGCAAGAGAUACAUAGGAUGGGUAGGUCUUUCCUGCUCUGUCUUUUUUUCUAUUUAUUUUUUUUUACUUCUUCUUUUCCUUACAAUACAGUCAAUUUCAAGCCCUCGUGAGUUCCAAGGAGUUCUUCUAAAUUAAUUUAAAAAUUGGCCAAUUGUUGUCCUCAUCCCUCCCUGGUCGAAGUUACAGGAACUUCAACAUUGAAAUCACUUGGCCUUUUACGUUUGUUCAGAUCUCGCUCAUAGGGUAGGCGGAAAUGUGGUUUGUUAGUACCUGUAUAUCAGCUUUUGGAAUUGUAGGAAGGGUUUUUUUUUUCAUUCAUUCUUUAUCCCUUGAUUUUACAUUUACACUUAUGGUCUGACCAGGGAGUCUCAUACUUGAUUUCAGGUGAAAUAGUUGUUGUAUAUGUUGUGUAAUAUCUAUAGUUCUUGGGUGUUAUUUUUCCAGUUUACCAAUAUGUUUGUGAAAGUAACAUAGACUGGAAACCUGUGUUCCAUUAAUUGCUAUGUGUAAGCAUUAUCCAUUAAUUUCAGACAUGGUUUCAGCAAUGAAAUAUUCCAAGUGGUGUGAUCCCAUUAAUAUCAACUUAGGCUAGUGUGAAUGCCAACCAUUGCAGGUGGAUGGACGAGAUAGCCAACCUUCAGACAGCAAGUCAAAAGUGACCUCAUAAGCCAGAGUUUCAGCCAGUUACAAAAUGUCCAAUUUUUCAGUUUUGAAUGGAAGUUCCCUCUCGAAGUUAAUAAGUUUUAGGAGCUCGUAUUUCAAGACUCUGUCACAAAUAUAAGUAUAAUUUGCCUUGUUCUUUUCUAGGCUAGGAUAUACUAACUUUGUACCUACAGUGAUUUUAGAAUGAAGCUGAAAAUAUGGUAAAUAUUUCAUUUUUAUUACAACCUCUUAGUGAAAAGUGCAUCUCUGCCACCAGCAAGAAAGAAGUGGAAUCCUUUUUGAUGACAGUUUUCAUAACUUUAAUGAAAGACAUGUCACCAGACACAAUUUUACCAGUGUUUCAAUUUAUAUUUAAGAAUAAACCACUCGUUCUUUUUUA